UGUUGAACGAAGUUCGUGGUAACCCACAUUGCACUGACUUGACUUAUAGAUCUGCCAAUAACUUUCUACAUCGCAACAAAGUUGGGCAGCAGUAUAUGCGCCCUUCUCCCAACGACAAUAGUCUUCCACCAAAGAAGCGAUUAAGAUGGACUGCUGUUGACGAGGCGGCCUUUCAGGAAGCGGUUGUUACCAUCCAGUCGACCAGCAAUAAACUGACUGCUAGCAAUAUUGCAAAGGAGCUGAAAGGCAGUGCAGCUUCAUACGACCAACUUCGUUACCGUCUUCGGAAAUUGACAGUCGCUAAGCACAACAUUGAAGAAACGCCUGAUUUGGGUGUUGUUGGCAGCAGGAGUAGAGAUGAAGAGUUUGUUAAUGAUGAGGGCGAAACUGACAACGAGGACGUGCCAGGAGAUGUUGCCCAUGACCAUGUGCAAUCUUCCAUGCACUGUUGCAUCGAAGCUGCAGAGGAAGCCUGCAAAACAGCCUUUGCCGAAACGUGCUCGUAUGCGUGCUGCUGCUGCGACCGCAGACUGUUUAAGCAUUCGGUUGUGGAGGUCACGGACAGCUUGUACAACACCCUCUGUGAGCCAUGGGCAACAAAUGUUGCAGGAUGGGUUACGCGUGGUGGCUCGGGGCAUAUAUGCCAUACGUGCUUAGGCAGCAUCCGUAGGGAUCGCUGCCCACGGUUUUCAGUUGACAACGGGCUUGGAUUCCCAGACAUUCCUGACGAGCUUCAAGGCAUCCCUGAGCUGUCAGAGAGGCUCAUUGCCAGGCGUGUACCCUUCCUGCAGUUGCGAAGGCUUCCAGCUGGGCAACAGCAUGGCCUACGAGGGUCGGUCGUCAAUGUCCCAGCAGACUUAACCCGCGUCCAGCAGAUGCUACCACGCCACCUCGACGACAGUGAAACCGUUCUGGUCGGCCUGAGCCCGAACCUGUACCUGUACUGGGAGGGUGGAUCACACGCCGUUGGCGAAAGAAAUAUUGGGGUACAGCUGGGUGGACUUGCAAGUGGUACCUGGUAACGCGUCGCUGGGCAACCGCAGUAUUGGUCAUGGUAACAAGCGAGAACGGACUGCCGCUGUUCAGCGCGCCGUCAUUACACAUGCAACGCAGCCCUAUCUGUAACUGUACCUAACAGCAUGACCGAACCGCUGCAGUCCGACCACACACACUACUAUACACAACUAUACACAACACAUGGGCAGG